CGUCACAUUCCAACUCCACAACCCCCAGUAAUAACAACAAAAAAAGGCUUGAGGCACAUACAAAUUAACAAAAGUCUUGCUUAAGCACAAAUACGCAAUUGCAAACAGUUAAGCAAACACCCCGCACAAGUAGGCAAUACAACACAACACAAAAAGCACCAAGAUGUCUGUGACCGAUUUUAUCAAGGGCCUGCCAAUCCACGAUUCCAAUAAUUUCACUCACCUCAGCAACGAGCACGGAAUACGAACUUCGCAAAAGCGUGCCUCUGUAUAUUUGCCCACCGAAGACGAGGCCUCGGAGCAACUCAUUGUAAUGGACAAGAGAUGCGUUCUUUUGCGCUAUCUAACCCAAAGCUGGGACAAGAAGAUUACAUUGCAGCGUAAGCGUGAGCAUGGCAACGAGGGCAGCGUCAACAGCUCCACCCCAAAUGGCAAUGGCAGCAACAGCAAAAAGCGCCCACGAAUAGAUCCCAAUGAGCUGAACUGAGUGGCAGGACACCGACCCAUUUUGAAGAAACCUACACACGCAUACAUACUUACGUUUAUCCCCCUCACUGUACACUGUACACACAUAAAUAUGUUUUAUUCAAUUCGCCAAGUACAAAAAUAUUUAGGGAUACACAUGUAUUAAACAGAUGUCCAAUUACCAGAUUUCCUGCUUACACACUCAGUCAAAGGAGCAGACAUGCUGUAACCCAAAAUAAAAAUUAUAAAACCCA